AUGCAGGAAGCCAUUAGUUCGAUUGCUCUCCCUACUACAUUAGCGAGUAGUGAAAGCGGCAGCGGUAGUUCGAUGGAUACAAAUUCACAGCAGCAGAAUUCUAACUUUCUUUCUGCUUUUCACUGUCAAAUUUGUCUUCAACCUUUCCAUUUCAAAAAGCGAACACCUAAAGUGUUACCUUGUGGACACAAUUUCUGCAAGCAUUGCAUUUUAUCUCUUUGUUAUCACCAACAGUAUUAUUUGUUGGAUUCCAUUGAUUGUCCUACAUGUCGUACCAAAUUCAGCACUUCAAUAGCCAUUUCAGCUCCAAACAAUCACAUUCUUUGCCAAAGGCUCAAAGAAAAUCAGUUAAAAAAGAAAGAAAAUAUCAGUGAUACUAACAUUACUGUUAUUCAUGUUGCUGAUAGCAAUCCUGUCAUUACAAACAGAUGCUCAGAAUCUCGCUCAACAUUCUGCUACUCUCAAGAAGCAAAAGUUUGUGGAAAGUCAAAGUUACUACUUUGCUUUGACUGCUUGCAAACUUUAGAUAUUAAGAAGUAUAAGAAGGAAGCAAGAUUUUGUGAAAAAUGCUUCAGUUCCAAAAAUAAUGAUGAUACACUGCAAAUAAUAUGUUUGGAAUGUUGCGUGAAUCGACACAACGGACAUGACUUGGUUACUUUGAGUGAAAUUGAGAAUGAACAAGUCAAACUUAUCAAAAACUUGCACAAUUUACAACAAAGCAUUAAAGAAAUAGGCAUUUGGAUAGAGAGUAGUUUGCGAAUUCUUAAAGAGCAUACAAUCCUGCCUACAAAUGAAUACAACGCGCUAUGUAGUACGAAGAAGAAUUUGGAAAAAGAAUGCGCAGCUGAUAUGAGAUUUGCUUUAUCGGUUUUAGAAAAUUGUGGCCAAAUUCCAUUACCGCCUGGAGCGCUAGAACGCAUGCGGCAGCAUCAGUACCACAACUUUGCUAAACUACAUAAACUGCUACAUUUCAUUGAGAUAUUUGACAGUGAUGAAUUGAUAGUUUCGAUAAAUUUACUUUCAGUCUUAUCUUCAACAUCCAUCAACCAUUCCUCAGCACAUCAAACACGAACUUCUUUUUUGAACAAUCCUUCUGAUGUUCGUUCGGCUACAGAAGCAAUUUCUACGGUACUAACAGUAGCAUGCAGUCGCGAAUUUCGUUCACGAAACAAACAAAAAAUUGAGAUGGUUGAAAACACGUUAAAAAUGAUGCAAAAAAACUCUACCAAAGUAGAUCAACGAGUAGCAAUGUUGAGUUGCGCAAAACAACUACGUGAAUUUAUCGAUGAGACUUGUAGCAAGCAGUCAAUGCUACUUUUCAUAGAUGCAUACUUGCACAUAUUUUAUCACUUAAAUUAUUUGGUUACUCGAUUUUCGUCUACUGAAAAUGAUCGAAACUUAGCAGAAAUAACGCGAUGGAAUAUUUGGAAAUUAGUACAGUUAGUGUACAGUGAUUUAAUGAGAUCUGCUGCUAAGCAUUGGCAGAGUAUUGAAAGUGAACGGGUAGACUUGGUAGAUGAUCUGUCUUUCCUCUGCUCAUUAUACUCAGACGUAAGUGAUGAGGCAACCAUCACUAUAUGUAUGAUUGAAGCUGCUCGAGCUCGAGCUGCUGUUGCUGCUGCUGCUGCUGCUGAUAGCAUAAAUUUAAUUGACGAACAUCUACUGGAAUGCCGUCGAGUGCAAAAACUUCAGCAAUUACGUGAAUCCACGUCACAAAAACCAAGAAAAUAUAUUUCUGCGCAGUGGCAGUCAAUGAAAUAUAUGCGUAAACUUCUUCUGGCUUGUUUUUUCAAAUCAUCAUCAUUACAUCACUGA